GUAGAUCCAGCAUCCGCCCAGAGCCUGCCAGCAUGACUGCCAUGCCCGUGGUGUGGUGCACCGAUCCGAAUUCGGUGAACAACAAGCCCACGGCCUUCGCCCUGCACGGCAUCCAGCUGCAGGGCAACGUGACGGAGCGGCAGGUCCACGCCCUCCGGGAGCUGGUGAACGCCGCCGCAGAGGGCCGCCUCAUCCUGCCCUCGGACGGCACGUUCACGCUCCUCGACAGCGGCCUGAGCAUCGAGAGCUCGAUUGUGGCCGCCGGACAGGGACGGGGACGGGGACGGGGACGGGGACUGAAGCAGGAGAGCGCCCCAAGUCCCAGCGAGAGCCCAGAGCCCCCAAAGAACGCCAAGAACACGUACAUCCUGAUGCCCGUGAGCAAGGCAUCGCCAGCGCCGACACCGACGGUGGACCGGCCCGGUGGACAGCCCGAGGCCAUUGCCGCGGCGGCGGCCCAGCUGGAGUUCCUGCUGGAGCCCAAGUACUCGCCCUCGCCGCCCGCCUCCUCGGAUGCGGCCAUGGAGGCCAUGGAGGGGGGUGUGGGUGAGGGUGUCGCCGGUGGGGAGAUUCUGUACGAGUUCCUCUGCUGCGCCAAGUGCAUGAACGAGCAGCGGACGGGGCAGAGCGGCACCUGCAACGGGCGCCGUCUGCAGCGGUAUCUGCGGAGCUGCCGCGGCAGCGACUACGAGCCGGUCAACGACCCCGCGGGGACGUGGCAGCUGCAGCUGGAUCCUGUCUGCAGCAUUGCCAGCCGGUAUGCCCGCCGGCAGCACCGUCCGCACCACCACCACCACCACCACCACCACCAGCAGCGGCACAGGCCGCACGGGACCGUCUCGACGGGGAUAGCACGUAAUCGGCCCAACACCAAUCGCCACCACAAAUUACCGAUUCACAGUGUUAAAAUCUUUCAUAAUCGCAGCAGUUGCACGCCAGCGUCAGCCGCUACCCCUCUGGGAGCAUGCAAUGUGGGCGGGGGCCAAGAGGUGUCGCCAAUUCCGAUGCCCAGCCCCAGCCCCAGCCCCAUCCCCAGCCCCAAUCGCAUUCGCAGUCGCUGUUCCAGUCAUAGAGCGAGCGACGGCAAUGAAGCGUUCAGUUUGUCACCGACAGCGGCGCGAUCUACAUCGUUGAAAGCAGCGGAAGCAGCGGAAACAGCAGCAACGACAUUGCUCCUCUACGCAGUGGUUAACAAAAGUCGCGAAUCGUCUAGUGAAAUGCCCACUGUGCUGGCCGUGGUGCCCGAGGAGGCGCCGCAGGGCGGCCCCUCUGCGGUGGUCCGCGAUUUGAUCAGCUUCGACGACGAUCAGGAGCAGGAGCAGGAGCAGCAGGCGGAGGGAGCAGGAAGCAGCUGUGGUGGCCCCAAUGUGGACCUGCUGUGUGCCCCGAACGAGGAGGAUGUGCUGCUCGCACUGCUCGUGACGCCACCGCCCACGCCGCCCAAGCCGGGCUCGCCCGUCAGCCACAACUCGAGCCGCAAGACGAGCUUCGACUCCACCAGCACCAUCAGCUCCAUGGACUCGGGCUUCAUGGAGAUGCAGAACAAGUUGGAUGCCCUGGCAGCAGCAGCGGCGGCGGCGGCGACGGCGGCAGCGGCAGCAGUCGGAACAUCUGCCACAGUGGCAGCAGAGAAGAUCGCUCGCCGCAACUACAAGGAGUGUCUGACGCAGUCGCGAAACCGUCGCAAAUCCUACGAGGAGUUCAAAGCCAUGUUUGUUGAACCUGCAGCAGCGGCAGUGGCAGCGGCGUCGGCGUCGGAAGCAGCAGCCACAUUGCCACUGUCCAUGCCACAAGCAUCAUCGAUGGCUGCGGCAGAUGACGCAACAGCAGCAGCAGCCAGCAACAGCAACAGCAACACUGUGAUCCCACCAACAACAACAACAACAACAACAACGCUUGCCUCCAUUUCAGAACAAGAAACCACAAGCGAGAGAGGCGAUAAACCGGAUUGCGCAAACGAGUUUGCCACCAGCGACGCAGUCCCAGGCCCAGUCCCAGGCCCAGACCCAGGCCCCAGAUCCCCCAUGGCCCCCGAUGAAAUGGAUACCGGAGAUGGCGAUUGUGAGGGCGAUGCCGAUGCCGAUGCCGAUGGAUGUCUAACAGCAACAGCAACAGCAACAACAACAAUCAACAGCACCACCACAGAGGCAAUGCGAAAGAAUUCGGAUUUUCUAUCGCAGAUUCUCGAUCAUCAGUUUGCGGCCAAGGAGCGGGCCAAGGCGCACAAGCGGCGCACAUCGUACGAGGAAUUCAAGCGAUUGGUUAGCGAAAUCGAGCCCCUGGAAUGUCUGGACACAGUUGCAGUGAUCGCUGCCACACCCACAGUCAGAGCCCCAACAGCGGCACCAACAGCCACCACGUCACCGCUGAAGCGACAGAAUUCGAGGCAACGCAAAAGCUUUGCCAGCUACUUCCUGCCCCGCCGACACUCGACCAAAGAGCCCAAGACUGGGGACAAGGAGAACGUGCCCGCGGCCCCAACGGGCGAGGGCAAGCAGCUCCAGACGUACGCCAAGCUGCCGGGCUCCAACUGCGACGCCAACUACCGGCGGAACUUCAAGAUCUACGACAAGCUGGUCUACGGCACCAUCUACGACAUCAUCCAGCGGAAGAACGACAUCUACCAGCUGACGUACCAGAAGUACGACAAGUACAUGACCUACGGCACCAUCUACGAGAUCCUGCACCACCGCAAGUCCUCGCAGGACGGCGGCUGCACCCCCGGCGGCUGGCAGCGGAAGAGCCUCAGCUCCAUUCUGGAGAGCAAGUCGAGCGACGUCAUCUACGACAUCAUCCAGAAGAGGGAGCGCGAGAAGCAGCGCCAGCAGCGAGCACUGGUCUCCGGACAGGACUCCGCCACCACCUCCGCCUCCGCCUGCUCCACUGUCCAGUCCGCCGUGAGUGCGCACAAGUACGGAACCAUCUACGACAUUCUGCAGGGCGAGAGGCUGGAGGCGAGCGAUGCAGGGGACAGCCGGCGUCCAGUGGCCGCCAAGCCAACGCGCUUCGUGGUCAGCCAAGUGGAGGAGCAGCCCCAGGAGCAGGAGCAGGUGGCGCGGCGAGAGCCAGAGCCGGCCAAGAGCCAGGAGACUCCGAGUGCCGCAGAGAGUGGCGUGGAAGCCGGGAAGCCGGCCAGCAAGCCCAAGAAGAUGCGACGCCUGUCCAACAUCCUCAGCUACAGCAGAUCCUGUGCGGCGGGCAGCGGGCAGGAGGAGCCAGACGCCGGAGGAGCGACGCCCCACCCCGACGAGUCCAAGCAGAAGCGCAGCCAGGCCAAGCGGCGGAUCGGGGUGACGAAUCUGCUCCUGCCGCUGGACUCCGAGGAGCUGUACACGCGCAUCAUUGCCCAGCAGAGGCGCCAGCACAGAGCCCACCUCCAGCUGCAGAGCGACAGCGAGGCGGAGGCCAGACAGACGGAUCUGGGCGGCUGCCUGAUCAAGUCCAGCUCCCUGGACGCCAUCUCCAUGUCGGUGGCCUGCUCCCCGCCUGCCACCGCCGGCCACACGCCGACCCCGUCGCCGCCCCGACCCCGCCGCAGCCUCAAGCAGCACCGGUGCCUGCAGCGCGGCCCGGGCCAGGAGCAGCAGCAGCAGCAGCAGCGCCAGAGGCACCAGCUGGCGCUGGUCAAGAAGCACUCGCUGGACCACUGCCUGCCGGCGGCAGGGGGAGGGGAGACCCGGAGGCAGCCACUUCGCCGCUGGUCCAACCAGAGCCCCCUCCGGUGCACCUGCCUGGCCCUCGAGGAGGAUCUGCCCAGCCACCAGUGCACCUGCCCGCUUCCGCUGACUGCCAUUGAGAAGUCGCGAUCGCUGCCCGUCGCCGUAGGCGGUGCCUGCUCCACCCCCCCGCAAACAACGACGACGUCGACGACGACGACGACGACGACUGCGGCCAAGAAAGGCAAAUCGCGUCGACUUUCGGAAUUUACGCGCGGUGAAUUUUUAAAUGAAAAAUCCUGGUACUUCCGCAAAAUCAAACGCAUUGAGGCUGAGAAAAAACUUCUACUGCCAGAGAACGAGCACGGUGCAUUUUUAAUUCGUGAUUCCGAGAGCCGACACAACGACUAUUCGCUAUCAGUGCGCGAUGGCGACACGGUCAAGCACUAUCGCAUCAGGCAGCUGGACGAGGGCGGCUUCUUCAUUGCCAGACGCACAACAUUCAGAACCCUGCAGGAGCUGGUCGAGCACUAUUCCAAGGACUCCGACGGCCUGUGCGUCAAUCUCUGCAAGCCCUGUGUCCAGACAAAUACCUUUUCGGGUGUCUUUGAGAUCGAGAAACCUGUCACCGAGGGCCUAUCGCAUCGAACACGCGACCAGUGGGAGAUCGACAGAACGUCCCUCAAAUUUGUACGCAAACUGGGCUCCGGCCAGUUCGGCGACGUUUGGGAGGGACAGUGGAACAACACAACACCCGUAGCCAUUAAAACUCUGAAAUCGGGCACAAUGGACCCCAAGGACUUCUUAGCCGAAGCCCAGAUCAUGAAGAAGCUGCGCCACACGAAGCUCAUUCAGCUGUACGCUGUCUGCACGGUGGAGGAGCCCAUCUACAUUAUCACGGAGUUGAUGAAGCACGGUUCACUGUUGGAAUAUCUGCAAGCCAUUGCAGGCAAAGGUCGUAGCCUCAAAAUGCAGACGCUCAUCGAUAUGGCCGCACAAAUAGCCGCUGGCAUGGCCUACCUGGAGUCCCAGAACUACAUCCACAGAGACUUGGCGGCGCGCAACGUUCUCGUUGGCGAUGGCAACAUUGUGAAGAUAGCCGACUUUGGUUUGGCCAGGCUCAUCAAGGAGGACGAGUACGAGGCGCGAGUUGGCGCCCGCUUCCCCAUCAAAUGGACAGCGCCCGAGGCGGCCAACUACAGUAAAUUCUCAAUCAAAUCUGAUGUCUGGAGCUUCGGUAUUCUCCUCACUGAGCUGGUCACUUACGGACGCAUACCAUAUCCGGGUAUGACCAAUGCGGAGGUGUUGACCCAAGUGGAGCACGGCUAUCGCAUGCCCCUGCCACCCAACUGCGAGCCGCGCCUGUACGAGAUCAUGCUCGAGUGCUGGCACAAGGAUCCCAUGCGCAGACCCACAUUCGAGACGCUCCAAUGGAAGCUCGAGGACUUUUACACCUCCGAUCAGAGCGACUACAAGGAGGCGCAGGCUUACUGAUAAAUGCUACCUGCGACCACGGACGCGGACAGUAGCCGUGGCGAGGCGCAAGGAGGAGCUGCCAAUGAUCGUCGGGCAUCCCACAACGGACAAUUCAUAUUAAGUUAAUUACUUCAGUUUUGCACAGAUUUUCUAUUGCUGCUUCCUGCGACCAUGAAACAUGCGGGGCUCAUGGACAGGGCAGGGGCAUGUCUUGGUGACAACUCCAUACCAUACGAUUCAUGUUAUUAGCGUUUAAGCUAACAAAUAGUCUGUAAGCCGGAAAAGUGAAUGCAAGUGCACGUGUAGUUUUUUGAAUUUGUAUGUGCGAGUGUUUUUUCGAUGGAAUGCAAUUUCAAAAAAUGUUUUGUUCAUUUUUUGUUGUUUCAAUAUGACAAGCAUAUGGAUAGAUUUGUCGCAUUUGCCGAUAAAUAUAUCGAAUGUAUUAUUAUUCAUAUACACUAUAUACAUACAUACAUACGUGCACACACAACACAUCUAUAUAUAUAUAUAUACAACCGUAUAGUCAGAGUUAAACCUAGGAACCUUUUAUAUUCUAUUUUGCCAACGCAUACUUACCCUUACCCACCCUCACCCUGUCCUUCUUUAGUUGAUAGGCCAAUCUGAAAUAUGAAAACGAUAUUUGCAGCAAACAAAUACAUAUAUUAAAAACUGUUUUGCUUUUAGUUAAUCCACUUCGUACGUGUCUUACCUGCCCCUCCUCCCCCAAACCCAAAACCACAAACCACUCAAUCACUAAUCAACGACAUUAUACAUAUGUAUGCUUUAUCACAAACAAAUAAAAAUGAAAUUAAAAUUAAAAAUACAAAUAAUAAACGAAAGAAAGCACCACAAACGCCAAUCAUCAUUCAAGUGCUAGCGGACGCUACUUUUUGCUGCAUGCGACAGUUGAAAUCCGCAUGAGUAACGAUCUAGAGUUUAAUUCUAAUUGUAAUCAUUUAAUUAUAUUAUAUUUAUAAUUAAACACACAAACAAACGCAUACACAUAUACGAGUACAUGUACAUUUAGAACAAAAACCCAUUUAAAAUAAAACUUCUUCAUAAUUUAUAAAAUAAAAAUCAAGGCAUAAUCAUUUAUAUUGAAAUCGAA